CUGUGCUGAGUUGCUCCUGCCUGCGUAGGUCCACCAACAGCGACAGAGACAGACGGACGGACACACCCAGAGAGCUUCCUUUUCCCACAGCGCCGACGGUGUCAUCCAACCCACCAUCUCGGCCGAACAACCCUCCUCCCUCCACUCCUUCCAUUCCAUUUCCACCCAUCCACGCGCGCUCGCACGCCGCCACAGAGGAAUCGUUCUGGCAUUCCCGUUCCUCCUCCGUCGUCGUCGCACUCCUCUGCUGGGCCAGCAUAGAACAGAGAUCCACCCGGGCUUGGAGGAUUGGUUUCUUCGGUGCUGAUGCAAGGUGUUUGUUGUAUCUGAGAAUUCAGAAUAUGGGUUCUCGGUUUCCAUCCCACCAAUUAAGCAAUGGGCUUUAUGUCUCUGGGCGACCUGAGCAACCAAAGGAGAAGGCUCCGGUUGUUUGCUCUGCAGCUAUGCCAUACACUGGGGGUGACAUCAAGAAAUCAGGAGAACUAGGGAAAAUGUUUGACCUCCAUGCUGAGAAGUCACGGAAAUCUGGCCCUUUGGGUAAUCAACCUUCAAGGAAUACUUCAUUUGGUGGUGCUGCUUCCAAUUCUGGACCAGUAUCUAGUGCUGCUUCUCGAUCCAACUACUCUGGCUCUAUUUCAGCAGCAGUUCCUGGCACUGGAGGUUCGGCAAGGGCAAAAUCUAAUUCUGGACCGCUCAAUAAGCAUGGAGAACCAACAAAGAGAUCCUCUGGCCCCCAGUCAGGAGGAGUGACCCCAAUGGCUCGCCAGAAUUCUGGCCAUCUACCGCCUAUUCUUCCGACAACUGGGCUCAUCACAUCAGGACCUAUCUCCUCUGGACAGUUGAACUCAUCUGGUGCUCUACGGAAAGUAUCAGGCACUCUUGAUUCUACUGUUUCGAUGAAGAUGCGUGCCACCUCUUCUGCUUACAACCCGGCUGUUACAAAUAUUAAUGAGCAAAAUAGCUACUCAAUUAAGGCCAGUUUGCCAAAGCCAAUACUAUGGGCGGCUAUUCUGCUCUUUGCGAUGGGGUUCAUAGCAGGUGGCUUCAUUCUAGCUGCUGUUCAUAAUUCAAUUUUGCUGGUAGUUGUUGUGGUGAUAUUUGGAUUUGUUGCUGCGCUCUUGGUUUGGAACAUUUGCUGGGGAACAAGAGGCAUGACUAGGUUUGUCAGUCGCUAUCCUGAUGCUGAUCUUAGAAUUGCGAAAGAUGGAGAGUAUGUGAAGGUCACAGGGGUUGUUACUUGUGGAAAUUUCCCCCUUGAGUCCUCAUUUCAAAGGGUUCCAAGAUGUGUAUACACUUCGUCUUGCUUGUAUGAGUAUAGGGGUUGGGAUUCAAAAGCUGCCAACACUCAGCAUCGCCGAUUUACUUGGGGAUUACGUUCAAUUGAACGGCAUGCGGUCGAUUUCUACAUCUCUGAUUUCCAAUCUGGGCUGCGAGCAUUGGUCAAAAUAGGAUAUGGUGCACGGCUAAUCCCAUAUGUCGAUGAAGCUGUUGUUAUUGACAUAAAUCCAGAAAACAAGGACAUGUCCCCUGAAUUUUUGAGAUGGAUACGGGAAAGGAACCUCUCAAGUGAUGAUCGUAUAAUGCGCCUAAAAGAAGGAUACAUUAAGGAGGGAAACACUGUUAGUGUCAUUGGUGUUGUUCAAAGGAACGACAAUGUGCUGAUGAUUGUUCCACCACCUGAACCCUUCAACACUGGUUGCCAGUGGGGCAAGUGCCUCCUCCCAACUAGCCUUGAUGGACUAGUCUUAAGAUGUGAAGACACGUCGAACGGUGAUGUAAUUCCAGUAUAGCUAUCUAGCCUCGUUCUGGCAGUUCACCUGGGGAAAAGGGAAACCAAUAUUUGACUUUGGGUUUAUUUUAUGGAUUGAAAAAUGUGCAAAUGCAAGGUGUGAUUAUGGUUUAGUACAAUAUUGAUAGUCAGUUGCUCACGGCUUGAUUGUGUAGUAUUUUUUGCAUUUUGCUCUUUUUUGGUUGGGCAAUGAAUACCUGUAAGAUUGAUGGCUUCAGUACUACCAUGGAGCUCUUUGGAGAUAGAGUGGAACCAUGUUCAUAUGUUCUUUUUUA